UUCUGCUUGCUUUCAAGAAUGAAAAUUGUAAAUUCGGCAAAGAUCAAAAUUUAUCACAUAAUAUUGUUUAAUAUCAAAUUUAUGAAUUAUUCUAAUUAGAUAACAACUUAACAUUGUUUUAGUUUAUUUUAAAGAUAUAAAAAUGACUUCGAUAAUAAAAGUACAAGCCUUAUCCGGCGCCAAAGAUGAAUCUCCCCCUUGUUACCUGUUACAGGUUGACGAUGUUAGAAUUCUUUUAGAUUGUGGUUGGGAUGAAAAAUUUGAUAUGGAAUUCAUAAAAGAACUAAAGAGGCAUGUACAUACAAUAGAUGCAGUGUUAAUUUCUUACCCGGAUAACAAUCAUUUAGGAGCUCUACCUUAUGCCGUGGGUAAAUUAGGUUUAAAUUGUCCAAUAUACGCUACUAUACCAGUAUACAAAAUGGGUCAGAUGUUUAUGUACGAUCUCUACCAAUCCCAGUACAAUAUGAAAGAAUUUUGCAUAUUUUCCCUUGAUGAUGUCGAUGCUACGUUCGAAAAGGUUGUUCAAUUAAAAUAUAACCAAACAGUUCCCUUAAAAGGUAAAGGAUAUGGCAUAACCGUUACACCAUUACCUGCCGGUCACAUGAUUGGAGGAACCAUUUGGAAGAUAAUGAAAGUAGGCGAAGAAGAUAUUGUAUACUGCAACGAUUUUAAUCACAAAAAAGAAAGGCAUUUGAACGGUUGCGAACUAAAGAAACUUCAAAGGCCAUCGUUACUCAUAACAGAUGCAUUCAAUGCUACAUAUCAACAGGCCAGACGAAGGGCGAGAGAUGAAAAAUUAAUGACAAAUAUUCUCCAGACUUUACGAAACCACGGGAACGUUCUGAUAGCUGUAGACACUGCUGGUAGAGUGCUGGAAUUGGCUCACAUGUUAGAUCAACUGUGGAGAAACAAGGAAUCAGGACUUUUGGCUUAUUCAUUGGCUUUUUUGAACAAUGUCAGUUAUAAUGUAGUCGAAUUUGCCAAGUCACAAAUAGAAUGGAUGAGCGAUAAUCUAAUGAGAAGUUUUGAAGGAGCCAGAAAUAAUCCAUUCCAGUUCAAAUAUUUGCAGCUAUGCCACAGUUUAGGGGAACUAAGCAAAGUACCCAGUCCGAAAGUGGUGCUGGCUAGUUCGCCAGAUUUGGAGAGUGGAUUUUCCAGGGAAUUGUUCUUGCAGUGGUGUUCUAAUCCAAAUAACAGUAUUAUAUUAACUACAAGGACCUCACCUGGAACUUUAGCCAGGGAUUUAAUUGACAACGGAGGAGGAAGAAACAUAGACUUGAUAGUAGAGCGAAGGGUUAAAUUAGAAGGAGCAGAACUUGAUGAUUAUGAAAGGCGUCAACGAUCUAAAUAUGACAAAUUAGAAGAUGAGGAGGCCGAUUCUGAUUCAGAUUCCGAUAUUGAAAUGUCAGUCACCUCUAAAGGCAAACAUGACAUUGUUAUCAAACAAGAAGGCAAAAUAUCCACAGGAUUUUUUAAAGUCACCAAAAAGAUGUACCCCAUGUAUCCUUUCAAGGAAGAUAAAAUAAAGUCCGAUGAAUACGGCGAAAUUGUAAAAGCAGAGGAUUACAAAUUAGCUGAAAUUUCAGCCGAAACCGAAGAUAAUAAAGAAAAUAUAGUGAUUAAAAAAGAAGAAGAGGAAAUAACUGAAAUUACUGAACAACCAACCAAAUGUAUAAUUCUCCAACGAACCGUUCAAGUGAGUUGUCAAGUUCAGUACAUCGAUUUCGAAGGUAGAUCAGACGGGGAAUCGUUGAUGAAGAUUUUAACGCAACUGAAACCGAGAAGAGUGAUUGUGGUGCAUGGGACCGAAGAAAAUACGUCCGUUAUAGAAAAACAUUGCUUGGAUAAUUUGGAAGCUAGAGUUUUCACACCAUCCAGAGGCGAAAUAAUCGAUGCCACUAGCGAAACGCACAUUUAUCAGGUGAGGCUGACGGACGCCUUGGUUUCACAACUGAGUUUUCAGAAAGCUAAAGAAGCUGAAGUUGCUUGGCUGGGAGCUCAUAUAGUGCUCAGAGAAAGCCAAGCUGAUGCUAAAAGGAUGAAUUUGGACAAUGAAGAAAUGGAAGUGGAAGAAGAAGAUACGAGAAUCCUAACGCUUGAGCCAUUGCCGGAAAGUAUUCCGCACGAUCCUGUUUUCAUAAAUGAAGUUAAACUUGCCGAGUUCAAACAAGUUUUAGGGAGAAAUAAUAUAAAUUCUGAAUUCUCCGGCGGCACCUUGUGGUGUUCCAAUGGCUCAAUAGCAGUGAGAAAGGUUGAGAACGGCAAAAUAAUGUUGGAGGGUUGUAUAUCCGAAGAUUAUUAUAAGGUUAAAGAAUUGUUGUACGAACAGUACGCUAUUUUAUAGUUUUGUAAAUUUGUUCAAUUUAUUUUUAUGCAAAUUAUACAAAACGUCUAAUUUAUAAGUUCUUAAAAGUCGCAAACUUGUAAUUAUAAUACAAAUAUUUUUUUUAUAUUACUUCAAUUUAAAAUGUAAUUCAUCUGUAAAUUUAUUUUACACGUUUCAAUAUAUUUUCACGUUC